ACGAACGAACAGUGCGCUGCGCACCAAAAAGCCAGCAGUGGAGUUUUUGUGAGUUAGAAAUGUGAAUAUUUUAAAACAAAUUAGCCCGAAAGUGUAGCAGAAGCCAAAACCCGUGAAUUAAUUGAUUUAACUAUGAUCUACUAACGAUUAACGAUAAUCGCAAAUUUUGAAGGGCAAAGAAAACAUUGUGGUAAAAUGGUGCAUCGCUCUUGCUGCGUACUCGGUUGUAAGUCUUCCGAACCGAUGCAGAUUUCCCAUUUCGGAUGGCCUGAACCGAAAUUGUAUAAAUCGAUCCACCUGAAAAAAUUGGCCGAUAAACGUAUGGCUGCUUGGAACAAUGUUGUACCGCUCAAGCCGGGUACAGAAGGUCUAAAAGAGAAAAAAAUUUGCAGCAAGCAUUUCACUACAGGGUAUCCAGCUAAAUUAACCAGCGUAUCGGAAAUAGAUUGGAUACCUACUAUUAUUCCCGUUUUCUACGAGAUCGAGUCGGAUUCGGGUGCUAACAAGACGAUGGAGUCAUUUGUUGUUGAAAUGCUUCAGGAGGACGAACCUCAACCCGAGCCACAACCAGAGGAACAAGAGGAUGACAUGGAGUUCGAGGAGGACAAGAUUUUGUUAGAUCCCGAAUCGGAAUCCGGUGAAAUAGUGAAUCAAACGGUGGGCCCCGAAAACGGAGCCAUUCAGAUGCUGAUCAAAGUGGCUAAACGGGACUUUGUCGGGCAGCAGGUCAGGCUGGAAGGAUUGCCUCAAUGGUUGAUUCGAGCGCACAGUAUCGAAGCGUUUCGAGCGUAUUUAUGGGAACUGGCUGAGCCGCACAUCAGAAGACCGGUCAACGUUGAAACGAACCAGGAAGGGCAGGUGGUGAACGUGAGUUGGAGCAGUUUCGAAAGGCCAACGAUAGAGGAAGCAGACAAAUUCAUAACAAUUAUCAACAAGAAAAAUAGAAGGCCUCAUAUCUUGCAGAUGUAUCCCUGGAAUUAUCUGAACAGUCCGGCUAUUGAAAGAUGGAAGACAUCCACUUCGACAGCCAUAUGCAUUUACAUGUACUCGAUGGCGGUAUCGUCCAGACCCAUUUUUGAACUAGUUCGGGAGAAGUUGCUGAAACCGAAAGCACCGAAAGCGAAGCCCAAAGUCAAACCGGUGGUACCCCCGGCAGCCGAUGGCUACAGUUUCCGGGAUGAGGUGCGAGCCAUACGGGAGACGUUCCUGCAGAUGCGAGACUUGAUGCACAUAUUGGACAACCGGAUUGCCAUGUUGGAGACAAAGUGCGACCAAGCAUUCGAGCCGGAACCGUUGAUCCCGGUGAGGCUGGAUCCGCGAGCGGCGGCAGCGGGCAAGCUUGCUGGGGGAGAUCCGCUACUGUACGCGGAGAUUAAGGAGGAAGACGAUGAAUAUGAAUGUGAUUAAAGGAUUUCAAAUAAACUAUGAUUCUCAUUUUAGA